AUGUGCGUUAACAGAAAGUCACUCCCCACCACGCCUUGGGGCACGACAGCGACAGCGACUGCCUCAGAGUCUCAACAGCAGCACCAACAAGACGACCCCCCCCCCCCUAGACUUUCCCAAUCGGUCAUGUCCAUCCCCACCCUGAAGAAAACACUGGACAUGCUACAUCAUAUCCUCUCUCACACGCGGUACAUGGUUACCGGGACGGCCGCGAUGACGAUAUGGGGUUACGUCCCCCCCCACGUAAGCUACCUACCCCGACAUGUCUCCAUCUUUUGCACGGACGACGACGUGCCGGUUAUCAAGUCGUGGGCGGCGGCCAGUCCGCAUUGUGUCUUGAUCCCUUCUUGUCCUGGCAUGAUCGGGGUAGGAAUAGAGGGGAAGAUUAGGGCGGUAAAGAUCAGGACUGUGACUCGGGAGAUGUUUGAGAGGCUGGGACGGGUGAACCCGCUUGGGGUGAAUAGAGUGGAACAGUUCAGAGGUUGGAGGGAAGGGAUACUGAGGACAGGGGUGUGGGUUGUUAGUUUGAGGGGGUUGUUGGAGGAUUUGUGUGCGGGGUGGGGGGGGUGUUUUCGCAAAGGAAAUAAAACGCUGGAGGAGGAGGAGAGGUUGAGGCGGUGCGGGCUGGGGAUUCUGUGGAUUUUGCGACGGAUGAGGGAGGAUGGAGGGUUGGGGGAGGAGUGGGAUUUGAGGGGGGGGAUAGUUGCAAGGGAGGAGUUUUGGGUGCCGUUUACGGGGGUUUGGUGGGAGGGUGUCGGGUUGAUGUUGGCGUUGGGGUUGUUAAGGGAGGUGGCUUCUGAUGAGCGGGAGUUGAGGCAGACAAAGGUCUGGACGGGGAACAGGUGGUUGUAUGUUACCUCUGUUGUGCCCGAGCAAGAAGGUAAGGGCAAGGGUAAAGAGCACCACGUGAGUCUAACUACCGUGACCUCUUCGGGUGAUUCGGAGGACUCUGAGCAGGUUGAACUGCCCGCGGUGAAGCUUGACACUGAUCUUGCACGAUAUCACCCUGAUUCUUUCCGAGUUAGGGCUGGGUUGAGGGAUGGGAGCGUGAGUAUGAGGGAGUAUGCUGCUCUUGUUGCUGCACAAGUAGGGCAUGAGCAUGGACCUCAACGAAAUGACCCCACGCCAACAUGUGAGCGUAGUCUUCCUCGAUGA